AUGGAGCAAGCUAUGAUUCCAAACACCCCCGGUAGUCGUCACUUGAAAUGUGAAAUCUGUUCCUUCACGUUCCACCGCAGUGACCACCUCAAACGCCAUCUACUCAUCCAUAAACCACCUAAACAAUACAGAUGCCAGUUCUGCAGCUCCACGUAUAGUCGCGGGGAUGUUCUCCGUCGACACUGGACUACGUGUGCUAAACGGCUGCAAUCAGGGCAGGAGAUUCCCAAGGCGGAUUCCGGAGGUAAACAUAGGCAUGCCUGCGAUGCUUGUGCCCGUCUGAAAAAGGCGUGUAAUGGGCUGCAGCCGUGUGCUGAGUGCGAGUCCCGCGGGAAACUGUGUUCUUACGAACGUUUGACUGGGCAGCAACCAGCCCGCGACAAACGAGGGGAGUCGACGUCUGUUUAUGCGGGGCAGCAGGACUGGGAGACGAAAGGGUUCGGGUAUCAGACUCUACUUCCGCCGAAGCCGACGUACCUGAAUUACAGAACCAGUGCUGGAGUAUUACCUGGGCUAUCGAUCGGUGGUCCAUAG